GACAAGGCCAAGAGGCCCGCUGAGGCCGCGGCCGCCGACCCCGAGAAGCCACCUGCUCCCAAGGCACAGGCCGUGGGUUGGCCACCAGUCCGGUCGUACCGCAGGAACGCCAUGACCGUCCAGUCGGUGAAGAUCAAGAAGGAGGAGGAGACCGAGAAGCAGCAGCCUGCUGCUGCCGCUGCUGCUGGUGCCAACGGCUCCCACUUUGUCAAGGUGAGCAUGGACGGCGCGCCCUACCUGCGCAAGGUGGAUCUCAAGAUGUACAACACCUACAAGGACCUCUCCAUUGCUCUGCAGAAGAUGUUCAGCACCUUCACCGCAACUGGGAAUGAGGGGAAGAUGGUUGAGGCAGUGAACGGUUCAGAUGUUGUUACUACUUACGAAGACAAGGAUGGAGACUGGAUGCUUGUUGGAGACGUCCCAUGGGAGAUGUUUGUUGCUUCAUGCAAACGCUUGAGGAUCAUGAAGGGGUCCGAAGCCAUCGGUCUUGCACCAAGGGCCAAGGACAAGUACAAGAACAAGAGCUAAAGAUGGGGCAGUAAGAGGAAGACUAUGAUGCCACAAGGAUGGUGUUCUUGCAGUGUGCUAUGGUUUCUUAGAUAUAUAAUGUUUUCAAUUAUUAGCUGGAUUAAAAGAAGGGAGAGUUGCCAUGUUUAAUUUGUUGGUGGACCAGAAGCAAUAAUCUAUCUGUGUGUAGCUGGAUUGGUGUUAUGUGAUGUUCCCUACCAUGUGUCCCAGAAUCUACUUGGUGAUUUUAUUCUACUGUUGUCAAUUAAGUAUGUGUGAUUGUUAAGUAAAGGGCAUCAAUGAGACUAUUAUUAUUAUGGUAUCUUGUAAGUUAACCUGUUUGUUAAUUAUAAGCACACUAUUUUUGUAA